AUGUCGCGGCGUAAAAAGUGGUCAAGCUUGAAGAUGAGCGGAGGCGCGGGGGGCAGGACGUCACGUAGGCGGCUCGCUUUUUGUCAACGUUCCCGCCGAGAUGACAGGUUGAACGCUGGCCGCGACCCGAGAUCGAAUCGUCUUGAUACUGACGCGCCCGAUUCGAUCCACCCGUUUUGUCACACAAAUACCAAUUAUUGUUUUACCGUGAAAAUAUUUUUAGAUACGAAUUUCCGUGAACAAAGAAUCGACGGAGCGGGCCUGCCACUACUUACAGAAGACCACCUCACCGGCAUGCUGCAGAUGAAGCUUGGACCAGCACUUAAGCUACGCGCUGUUCUGGCCCGGAGACUCGAAUCCUGUGCUCAAUGUCAAGCAAACACCUUACUUACGGCCCCUGUCACCCCAAACACACCUAAAAUCAAUGGAACAUUGAAGCCAGAACCAAGAAGCAACACAACCAGUCCUAGCUAA